UUUUUUUAUUUAUAAUCUAGAAUAAACUUCAUCUUCUUCCUCCUUCCUUUCCCUACUCAUCCUUCCUUCUAGGUUGACUUGCUCAUGAUUGAAGAUGUCUCCCGAAAAUCGCUUAUCAUUCUCGCUGCUAAACACUAACGUUGUUCCUCAGAAAAUUCCCUAAAUCCCUCGUAAUCUUAAAUAGCCCCAGAUUUCUUCAAACCCACCUGCAAACACCAUUGUCGAUCAGAUUUAUCUUUGCAAAUGCAAUAGAUAAACACUCAUUUAGGAUCUCCUAUCUCAUGAAUUCAUGUGGGUUUUCUCCCCAAUCUGCUCUUUUGCUUUCCAAAAGAGUUCAAUUUGAAACCCAAAAAGCCCCAAAAUCGCUCAUUGACUUCUUGAGCAAUCAUGGGUUCUCGCAAACCCAAAUCUGAAGCUUCAUCCAGAAAUGUCCAAACUUUCUUUUGUACAAUCCUGAGAAAUCCCAUUUCUCCUUCCUCUUCAGAUCUGGAUUCUUUUGUCGAUUACCAAUACCAUGAACCACCGGCAAUCAUGGCUACCCUGUGGCUAAACCGACGUGCAAGAUAAGUCGAUCACCAUCAUAGCACAGUUUCCCUUACUUAAGCUUGACUAGAGGCGCAAAACUCGUUGGGUUCACAUUUGGGAAGUAUGAGCCAGAAGAAAAGGGGAAAACAAACAAGCAAGCAAAAAUUCCAAAAACCUAGAAUUUGGAAAAACAAGUAGUUUUGAUGGGAAAUGGAGGAGUUCUAGACACAUCUUGUCACUUGGGAGGAUUCUGGUGGUGAAUGAGUGAGAUGGCCCACGAUUAGAUAAGAAGUUGGUGUGCUGUGUGGUACCAUCGGGGCUAGCAAGUUUGGUUUGAGAACCCAAAUUUGGGUUUGAGAAAAACCCAGAUUUGGAGAGGAAGAAAAAGGGAGAAGAGAGAGAGUUUCUCUUUGUUCUUGGUCUCCCUGAAGAAGAGAAACUCACGCAGGUGCCUUUCUUUUUUGGCUAGAAGAAUUGCAGAAACCAGCUCCUCUAGGAAGAAGAGAUUCGUGGGAUUAACAGUGAGUUUUGGAACAAAGAUUAGGUUGGUUU